CGGCAGCCUGCGGCCAGCCGGGGGAGCCUGCACCCGCCGCGCAGCGCUGACAGCUGCUGGGCGGCCCCUGGGUCUGCAGCUGGCGAGCGAGCGAGCCACUCAGCCAGCAGCGCCGAGCCGCCAGCGUCCCGCCGCCAGAGAGGAGGCUCGCAGUGCCCAGCCCGGAGGAAGGGCUCAAUGUGCCUGGAACCUUUCUUCUGCCUUUACCACUGUUCUUCCCGGUUGUUGGACAGAACUUUGGGGGUAAUGUAGACCUGGGCUCCAAUCCAGACUUUGUUUCAUGGAAGAAGCGUGAGUUUAGGUAGGUGGUACUCCAGUGCUGCUGCCUCUCAUCAAGUUGACCUCGAAGGUGGAGAGAGAGUAAACAGAGCCUUAAGACUGGUUCAGGGAGGGAGUGUGCUAAGAAUGCUGCUGUAGGAACAAGCGACCAGUCUGGCAAGGAAUGUGGCAUCGGCAUCCUUCUGGGAGCCUGUUCUCCGCAUCGUCCCAUGAACUACUACUUCCUCGUGGGAAAGGGCACUUUGGAUUUUACUAUCAGCUGCCCAGAACUUUUGCUGAGGCAAAACAAGACUUCUUGCAGAACGGAACAAGACAUUUUUGCAUCUUCUAAUCUUCUUGGUUGCAGUCUACUGAUUUAGCCCUGAGAAUUUGACUCGUUACUAUUAUUUUUUGUGUACACUUUUCAAAAUGAUUGACUUAAGCUUCCUGACCGAGGAGGAACAAGAGGCUAUCAUGAAGGUUCUGCAGCGGGACGCUGCUCUCAAGAAGACGGAAGAGGAGAGAGUAAGACAUUUGCCUGAAAAAAUUAAGGAUGAUCAACAGCUAAAGAAUAUGACUGGUCAGUGGUUUUAUGAAGCCAAGGCCAAAAGGCACAGAGACAAAAUUCAUGGUGCGGAUCUCAUCAGAGCAUCCAUGAGAAAGAAGAGGCUCCAGGCACCAGAUGAGCAGAGUAAGGAUGGAACAAGGGGGGCAAAGGAAAGCUGGGUGAAUAAUGUCAACAAAGAUGCUUUCCUUCCACCAGAGCCAACUGGAAUUGUAGAAGAGCAAGAAGAAGAUGCAUCACCAAUAAGCCCAAGCUCCAAUGUGGUAAAUCCAGCUUGUACUACGAUUGAUGUGUCCCAAGAAAACACAAGGAAAUCAGAUGUAUCUCCAGCCAAGCAAAGGAAGAAUCCAUUUAAUGGCUCCAAGUUAUCAGAAGAUCACUUAUCACAGCAAAUCAAAAAUGAACAGUCAAAAAAUGGAAGAGCUGGUUUAUUUCAGAUUUCCAAGGAGGGUGAAUUAUCAGAAUCAAAAGAAAAUUCAUCUAUCCAAGAUAUUUCAAGCCAAAAGUUAGAGAAUUCAAAGCAGACUUUGCCAAGCUCUGCAAAUGGAUCCCAAAUCAAGGUCCCAAUUCCAAAAGCCAGGAAGAUGAUCAACAAAUCAAAUGACUUAAAGCAAGAUGAUAACCAGUCUUUUCCCAGACAAAGGACAGAUUCCCUGAAUGCAAGAGGGGCUCCAAGAGGGAUCCUCAAGCGCAACUCCAGUUCCAGUAGCACAGACUCAGAGACCCUUCGUUUAAAUCACAGUUUUGAACCCAAGAGCAAAAUUGUGUCACCUGGCCUAACCAUCCAUGAGAGAAUUUCUGAGAAGGAGAAUUCUUUGGAAGAUGACUCUUCCCUAAACUCACUGGAGCCACUCAAGCAUGUGAGGUUCUCUGCAGUGAAGGACGAACUUCCACAGGGCCCUGGGCUCAACCACGGCCGGGAAGUGGGGGAGUUUAGUGUUCUAGAAGCUGACAGGUUGAAGAAUGGAACAGACGCUGCAGGGGAUGUAGACGAGCUUCAGAAUGACCUCACAUCCUCCCCAUGCGGGAAGCCUUUUCCUUUUCCUCUCUCAGCCUCAAGCCCAAGUGUAUCAAUAAAUGAAGCAGAUCCACCAGUGACUUCUGGGUCUUUUCCAAAUCAUGGGCUCCAUUCUAACUCAAAAGUUUUAACUACAGGACCACAGUCCACUGAGAAUUCACCUGGCAUCCAUGAACACCAAGCUAAAUCAUCAGAAUUACCAAGGCUUGAGUCAGAAUUAACCAAAAACCCUGCUGAUGAACUGUCUCAUGGUGUUGAGCCUGAGCCAUCUCAGGUGCCAGAUCACAGUUCUAGAGACCAUCAGCAAGGUAAGCCCCCUUUUCUUACCACUCUAACCACUAAGACAACCUCAAGCUCUGGUCCAUAUGCCAAUGAGAUAAGGAAAACAACUGAUGAUUCCAUAUCUAAAGUCCUAGACUGGUUUAACAGAAGUUCUCAUUCUGAUGGCAAUAAGUCAUCCUUCCAAUAUCCCCAAGGAAAGGAGUCCAAACUAAAAACAGACUCGGAAUCACAAGUUGCUAUUUCCGUGGUGGCAGAUGACACCGGUCUAAAAGAAAAUGACUCCAAGACCCUGCCAUCCACUAAAGUUGGCUUGAAGCCUGUGAAUUCUGAUUCAACAUUCCAGGUAGAGCGAGAUAUGUUGCCUUCUGGAAAUUGCCAUGAUAAUCAUGAGAAUAUCAAAUUGAACUCUAUAAAUUUCCCUCAACAAGGCACCCCAAAGGAAGGCCCAGUUGUAUUGCAACCAUUUGAAAUCUAUGACAUCCCUGGUCAAGCGAGUAAAAAUAUGGACUAUAGCCAAGGUUCAGGAAGCAUGGAAGAAGGAAAUGGAAUAUUUUCCCCAACCAGUAACUAUUCAUACAGUGUUCACAAGGGAUCCAAAUCAGAAGCCCAAGUUCCACACAACAGUAAUGUUGGCAGCUUGGGAGAGGAAGACCCCCAUCUUUGUGUUCAUGAAAAAAAUAGAGGAAAUGCAGAAGUGAAUUUUGACCCUUCAAUAACUGUCCAAGAAUCAAGAUUGAAAGACAACAUGAAAGCUGAGAGAAAGAACAAAGAAGCAGAUGCUUCUACCCCGAGAGCUUCCUUAGAGCCGAGGAAUACUGCAUUGCCACCUGAGGCUGCUAAUGAUGGAUCCUCUUGGAAGAAGCCUGAGGUUCAAUUACAAAAAGAAGCUGGUGGCGUUCCCCAGAACCAAGUGCUAAGAGAGAGAUACAAAAGAGUGAGUGACAGAAUAUCCUUUUGGGAAGGAGAGACAGCUACUGCUAAAUUAACUCCUAAAGAACCCACAUCGUCAUUUAACCAGAAACAACCCUCUACUAAAGCAUCCCAGGCUGCGAAGUCCCAGAGUGCUUCCACGGGCAGUUUAUCUACAAGCCAGAAUGAAUAUAAUAAGUUCACUGCCAGAAAAAUCAUUUUAGAUGAGGAUGAUCAAGCAUCCCACUUCCCUAGCUUUUAUUCCUCAAAUAAACCUAAAGAGAGCAGGUUCCAAAGAUCAGAUCCAUCCAAAAUCCAUCCUGCAGCUGACCACUCAGAUAAAGUGUCUCUGUUUCAGAAUAAGAUAGAUGCACCUAAACAAGGAUUGCCACUGGAAGACAGUUCACACUCUAUAAGAUCCAUUACUUCAUCAGCACCGCCACAUUCCACAAAUGUUGGAAAUGAAAAAUACACUUCUUUGGAGAAAGACAGAUCUCUAAUUGGUGAAUCAAAUACCAACUUUAAGGUUGUGUCCCUGAAAGAAAGAAUAGAUGAACCCAGUGCAGAACAUGUCUAUAAUCACUCUCAAUUUGAGAAUCUGAAAAAGUUUUGGGACUUAGGAGCUAAUCCAAACUAUAAAGAUAAUGAUGAGAAGAAUGCUACCACUAUAAACCAAAAGCAUUCUCUGCCUUCUAAUAGCCAGCAACUCAAGGAAUCCAAUAGCAUUAAGUCAUCAGAGGAAAAUACCCGUGAAGUAGAGGCACUUCUGAGUCAAAAAAAAGUUAGGACAAGAGAGGAAAUGGAGAAAUUUAAUUCAAAGUACAAAUUCCAGGUGCUACCAAAUGAAACCAUAUUUUCAUUGGGACUACCCAGGGAAUCCACUGAUCAGUUGUCGGGAAAUGAAUCAUCAAAGGAAAAUGUGGAAAAGAAUUUGGAAGGAUAUGUUACCCCAGUGUUCAAGAAAGAAGAGGAUUACUCAGGUCAAGAUAUUCAAGAAUCCAUUGUGAAAACAAGUGUUGUUUCUAAAGACUACAAAGAUACUUUUAAUGACAGCUUACAGAAGCUGCUUUCAGAAGCUUCAUCACCAGCGAUUCAGCCUUCUAGUGAAAAAAUUCAUGGAAAACAAGUGCUCAAACUAGAUGUUUCUCAAAAUAGAACAUGGCCGCAGAAGACAGAUUUUGCUGAUACUGAAAAAGACAAAGAACCUAAGGUCACUGAUGAGCAUGUGGACAAAACAGUAGCCCCUACAAAGUUCAACCAGAACACUUUAACUGCCGGACUUGACAAACUCUUGAAGGAAACAACUGGACCUUCACUUUCUCCCUUGCAAACCAACUUGGACCCCGUUACCACUAGCACAAACUCUGAGCCUGCUGAGGGUAGAUUUUUUGAAAAAGGGAUAGAACAGAGUGACAACACUUCAGCCCAUCAAGGAGAAAUAAUAGCUCCUUAUCCAGAGAGGGAUGAAGCUUCAGGAAACACAGCUUUUGCUCUGAAAACUGAAAGUGGUGAGUGCCAGCUCAACACGGAGAACUUACUUCAAAUGGCUGCAGAACUUUCUCAUCCGUUGGACCAGCCUUCCCAUCUCCACAGAAAGGGUUCUUUGGGGAAUGUGGACAAUUCUCCCCACGACAGGCCUUUGUCUUGGGUUACUUAUCUUGCUCCCCAGGAUAAGGCACUGCCUUCUCCAAGGGAAAUUUCAGAGACUAUAGAAAAAGUUGUUCUUCCACCCAAACCUGCAUCAGAUAAUGUAAAUGCUGCAUUACAGAAGCUAGUUACAGAAUCUUGGUUGAGUUAUCCAGCUGGGAGGGAAGCAGGUCCUAGAGAAGUGAAAGAAUUUUCUGAAGGAGUACAGGCAGCAGGUUACCCCCCAAAUUCCCAGGCAGUGAUCCCACUGUGGGCUACAAUGGACACCAUAUUUCCUGAGAAGGAUUUUUAUUCCUUUAAUGUAGGUCCUGAUAAAACUCAUGAAGUUAGAUCUUGUUUAGCCACCCCAAUGUCUCUAUCAGAACAGACCCCUAGGUCAUCUGCUUCUACUGAUCCUCAGAAUGGCAAGGAGCUAUCCUGGGAAGUGGCAGAAAUUGUGAGGGAAACAAUUAUUCAACCCAGGUCAGAGUUCCUUGAAUUCAGUGCUGGAUUAGAAAAACUUAUGAAGGAAACAAUUAACACCUCCUCUUCAAAAUGUGAAAAUGAUUCAGGGACUCUUUUCCCAGCCAAAGUAACAGAUAGUACGAAGGUGCCCAAGCAACUUACUCCUGAAUUCCAUCUUGAGGAAAUAAAAGAAACAGUAGAAAAGGCUGAGGCUCCCUCAGUAACUGAGAGUGCUUUUGAUAGUGGUUUUGAGAAGCUUCUUACAGAAUCCUCUCAAGUUCCUCCCGACUGGCUCCAGGUGUCAGAGAAGGAAGACACUCCUAACAAGGAGCUCUCACAGUCAGAACAGGCCGGGUCCUUGGGGGCAGUUCUGCAUUUAUACCAGGCAGCUGCAGAGGCCUCUGGCAUGAGGGUUAACAGUAAUGGUUUGGAAUCUCAAGUCAACCACUGUGAUAAAGUGUUGGGAGGAGAAGAAGCUGUGACUGAUUUAUUGAUAGAUCUUUGUGGCUCUGAAAGUGGGAGUGAGAACCCCAGAAUCCCACAACUCUAUGUGGACCAUGACAUUGGGGCCACUAAAACUAUAAAACCCCCAGAAGACAGGGACAGUGAAAAUGAGGUUGCAGGGGCUUUUCAGAAACCUGGUUGUGAAGAAUCUCUUGAAGCAAUUAGUCAACCUGUUCUCCUGAAAAAGAAAGACAACCCUACCAAUACAAGCAGAGUUGAGUUGAUUCUGGCAUCACCAUGUAAGAGACAAGAGGAAGAAAAAGAAGGCUUCUCUGACUCAGAUUUUUCAGAGGGAAACACCGGUUCUAAUGCUGAAAGCUAUAGAAAUUCCUCCAGUUCAGAAGAAGAACCCAGUCCUGUUUUGAAAACUUUGGAAAGGAGUGCUGCUAGGAAAAUGCCUUCCAAAAGUCUAGAAGACAUUUCAUCAGAUUCAUCAAACCAAGCAAAAGUAGAUAAUCUGCCAGAAGAAUUAGUACGUAGUGCUGGAGAUGAUCAAAAAGCAGAUGAGGAGCCAGAUACAAAUGAAUGCAUACCAGGAAUUUCCACAGUGCCUUCACAACCCGAUAAUCAAUUUUCCCACCCUGACAAACUCAAAAGGAUGAGCAAGUCUGUUCCAGCAUUUCUUCAAGAUGAGAGUGAUGACAGAGAAACAGAUACAGCAUCAGAAAGCAGUUACCAGCUCAGCAGACACAAGAAGAGCCCCGGCUCUUUAACCAAUCUUAGCAGCUCCUCUGGCAUGACGUCCUUGUCUUCUGUGAGUGGCAGUGUAAUGAGUGUUUAUAGUGGAGACUUCGGAAAUCUGGAAGUUAAAGGAAACAUUCAGUUUGCAAUCGACUAUGUGGACUCACUGAAGGAGUUGCAUGUUUUUGUGGCCCAGUGUAAGGACUUGGCAGCUGCAGAUGUUAAAAGACAGCGUUCAGACCCAUAUGUAAAGACCUAUUUGUUACCAGACAAAGGCAAAGUGGGCAAGAAGAAAACACUCGUAGUGAAGAAAACCUUGAAUCCUGUGUAUAAUGAGAUUUUGCGGUAUAAAAUAGAAAAGCAAAUUUUAAAGACGCAGAAGUUGAACCUGUCUGUUUGGCACCGGGAUACUUUUAAGCGCAACAGUUUCCUAGGGGAGGUGGAGCUUGAUUUGGAAACAUGGGAUUGGGACAACAAACAAAAUAAGCAAUUGCAGUGGUACCCUCUGAAGCGGAAGACUGCACCCAUUGCCCUUGAAACAGAAAACAGAGGUGAGAUGAAGCUAGCCCUCCAGUAUGUUCCUGAGCCAAUCCCCGGUAAAAAGCUUCCUACAACUGGAGAAGUACACAUCUGGGUGAAGGAAUGCCUUGAUCUACCACUGCUAAGGGGAAACCAUCUGAAUUCUUUUGUUAAAUGUACCAUCCUUCCAGAUACAAGCAGGAAAAGUCGCCAGAAAACAAGAGCUGUAGGAAAAACCACCAACCCUAUUUUCAACCAUACCAUGGUGUAUGAUGGGUUCAGACCUGAAGAUCUGACGGAAGCCUGUGUAGAGCUCACUGUCUGGGACCAUUAUAAAUUAACCAACCAGUUUCUGGGAGGUCUUCGGAUUGGCUUUGGAACAGGUAAAAGCUAUGGGACUGAAGUAGAUUGGAUGGACUCUACAUCAGAGGAAGUUGCUCUCUGGGAAAAGAUGGUAAAUUGCCCCAACACUUGGAUUGAAGCAACACUGCCUCUCAGAAUGCUUUUGAUUGCCAAGAUUUCCAAAUGAGCCCAGCGUCCAGUGGAUCCUCCUCUGAAAACUACUGAACAGGAGAAUCUCAUCUUGAAAAUCUGACCACAUGGACAAAAAUCUUCGCUGCCACUAACAAUACUACACAGCAUGUUAAAGUCAAUGCGCAUGUGUGUCUUUGAUUACAAGACCCAAGGGAUUUAAAUUAUGACAAAAUUGUGACUUACCUGUUAUUCCAACAUUCAAAGAAGACAUUUGAACAAGUCAAAGAAAAUGGUUUAUUGCUUCGAAGAAAAAGCUGCUCCUAAAAUACUACAUUUGGAAUGUUUUUAACUAGAAAAAUGUUUUAGUUUAUCACCGUGGGUUUCACACCACAGUCUUGUGCUACAGUAAAAAAGACCUGCCACUUGAUUAUUGCUAAUCCUUGUGGGACUUGUAAAUAUGUAGGUUGUAGAAAAGUAACAGAAAGGUACUUCUGGAGAGGGGGGAAGAAUCAUCAGUGAUGAGACAGAUUCGUACCAUAAGAAAAUGACUUAAUCUGUAAUCUCUAAUAAAAUGUAGAGUUCCAUGUUUGGACAAUGAGACUGAAUUUACGGGGUGUAUUUCUGCAUUGAAAAACUACUUUUCUUUCCCCCCCCCAAGUUGAAACAAAAGAAGUUUCAAAUGUACUUUGGUGCCACCAACUGGCCAUAAGCAGAAUUUGGUUCUUGGCUUGUUUUAGCUUAUUUGUAACCCAACACAGGCCUCAAGCCUGUAUUUUGUGAGAGAUUGUAAACAAACAAACCCUUGAGAAUAUGAUUAUUUUUCCUAUCAUUUUACUGUAUGCAAGCAGCAUAAUAAUAGCCAUAGAUGUGCUUUGCAACAAAGUUUUAAUUAGACUGUAAAUUGUUCAAUUAUACUGUACUUCCUAUGUAUGUAUAAUUUUCAUAAAGUAUUUUAUAAAACUCUUUAGUCAAAUAAAUUAUCAUAUGAUUUAAA